UCAUGCUGCUGCCAGGUCCAGAGUCUCUCAUGGGUCCCUGUACGGCCUCCCAUUGCUGCUGUCUCCAUCGCCACACUCUGCCAUGUGCCACUUUCAGGUCUCCUCACACACUGCUGGGUUCCAUUUUGUCAUAGGGUGCUGGCAGAUUACAGGCCUCUCAUUGCUGCUGCCAGGCCUUAAUCUGCCAUGGGCCCCUGUACCCACCGCCUCCUCAUGCUGCUGCCAGGUCCACAGUGUCUCAUGGGUCCCUGACCGCCUCCCAUUGCUGCUGUCUCCAUCGCCACACUCUGCCAUGUGCCACUUUCAGGUCUCCUCACACUGCUGGUGUGUUACAUUUUUUGUC